AUGUGGAAUUAUAUGAAGAGUUUGGUCAGCAGUGAUAACCUGCAGGUGGAGGAUAGUGGUGAAGCCAAGGGACCAACCCAGGAGGACCAGGAGCAGAGAAAGGGUCUGUUCAAGCAGAUGUCAUCCUACAUUGGUAAGGAUAUCACUUCGAUGAUCUCCCUCCCAGUCUGGAUCUUUGAGCCAGUCUCUUUCCUCCAGGUCAUGGCCGAGCCACUCCAAUACUCUGCCCUCUUGGACCAGGCCGUCUCCAAUCCAAACCCACACCACCGUCUUGCCUAUCUUGCCGCCUUCAACUGUGGUCUCUACAGCACUGCCAUCAGAACCAAGAAGCCAUUCAACCCAAUCUUGGGAGAGACCUUUGAGGUUGUGAAGGAGGGUGACUACAGGUUCAUUGCCGAGCAGGUCAGCCAUCAUCCACCCAUUGGUGUGUCAGAGACUCAGACAGCAGAGUACAGCUUGCAGUUGGAGACUGAGCUCAAGUCAAAGUUCUACGGUAACUCUUCCGAGGUUGAGAUCAUGGGCACCAACCAUUUCAUCACCAAGAAGAAUGGCGAGCACUACACCUGGGGCCAUUUGGUCACCUCGUGCCACAACAUCGUCAUUGGAUACAUGUGGCUGGAUCACUACGGUGACCUCACCAUCAAGAACCACACCACCGGAGACAAGUGCGUGCUCAAGUUUGCCAAGUCCGGCUGGUUGGGCGCCGGUCGCUACAGCGUCACCGGAGAGAUCCUCGACAGCGAGGACGAGGUCAGGUACAGAUUGGUGGGCAAGUGGAACGAGAACCUCCAGCUCUUUGAGGUGCUCAGCAACGGACAGAACGCACCAAACCCCAUCACCAUCUGGGAGGCCUCCAAGGAGGUCAUCACCAGCAAGUUCAACUUCCCACGUUGGUUGGAGGAGAACAUCAUCAACCUGACCCCAGAGUACGAGAAGAUUUUGCCAACAACUGACAGCAGACUGAGAACCGACAGAAGAGCCCUGGAGGCCAGUGACAUGGACACUGCUUCCAAGCAGAAGCACGUCCUGGAGGAGAAGCAGCGUGAGGACAAGAAGGCUCGUGUCGCUGCCGGUCAGGAGUGGGAGACCAAGUACUUCAAGAAGGCCGAGGACAAGGAGCACGGAUACAGAUGGUUUUUCAACGGCAAAUACUGGAUCGAGAGAGAGGAGAGAGUCAAGGCUGCCGCCACCGGUGCCGGAGAGACACCAAGUAAUGAA